GAAACAUUUAUCGAAAGAACACUGGUGACCUCGAGUUAUAGAACAGGGAAAUGACAAGUCCCGAAAAUCUUUACUAGUGCAAGUUCAGUUUGUGGUGUGAGAUUGCGUACUGACGGACGGAGCUCGAGUGAAACAGUAUUAGCAAUUAAUUGUAAUUAAUCAAAAAGUACAAGAAAAUGGGUGUACCAAGUGGAGAUGUAGAAAAGGGCAAGAAAUUGUUCGUCCAACGUUGUGCCCAAUGUCAUACUGUUGAAGCAGGAGGCAAACAUAAAACAGGUCCAAACCUUCAUGGAUUGUUUGGUAGAAAAACUGGUCAAGCCCCUGGAUUCGUGUACACAGAUGCCAACAAAGCAAAGGGAAUCACGUGGAACAAGGACACACUAUUUGAAUAUCUCGAAAAUCCAAAGAAAUAUAUCCCAGGAACAAAGAUGGUGUUCGCUGGAUUGAAGAAGCCACAAGAACGCGCAGACUUAAUAGCAUAUUUAGAAUCAAGCACAAAGUAGAAAAUGAAAUAAAUUAAAUGAAUAAUUACAAUUAUAUUGGCUAA